GGGCUGGCGGAGGCGGCGGCGCACUGGAGGGCGAAAGCCGAGGGCGCUGAGGCGGAAGUAGCAGGCCUGAGGGCGGAGGUGUCCAGGCUGCGGGCUGCGGCUGUGUCAGCGGCAGCGAUACAGCCGCCGACCAUUGUCCGCGCCAGCUCGACGGCGGAGCCGCUCGAGCCGAGCGCGGCGGCGUCGCCGGUGCAGCUGCCGCCGCCGCCGACGCCCCGGCAGCCGCUGCGCCGCCUCGGCGGCCGCACCCGCUCUGCGGCCGCGGCUGCGGGAGAGGGACCGGCGGCAGGCUGGGUGGCGGAGAGGGCGCGCCUCGUGGCGCGCGUCGCCGCUUUGGACAGGCGAAACCGAGAGCUGUCCCUGCGCGUGGUGUGCUUGGAGCGGGAUCGGCGGGAAGCUGCGCGGCAGCCGGGCGGGGCGCGUGCCGCCGCAAUCGCGGCCGCCGAGGAGCCCGGCCAGGCGGCGGCAGGCGGCGCCGCAGCCGCGCGGCGCGUGGGGGACGCGCGAGGCGCGGGCUCCAGCGAUGGCGGCGAAGUGAGCGGGGGCGGCCGCCGGGGCUGCAGUGAUGAUGAGUUUGUUCACGCUCCGCCUGCGUGCCAGGGCGCGACGCCCCCGGCAGCAGGCACGGUUCUGGCGGCAGGCCGCACGUUGGCGGCCGCACCGGCAGCAAGCGCCGGGAUCGGGGCGGGCGCUGGGGUCGCGGCAGCCGCCGCGGCGCCAGCGGGCGCCGCAGCAGCGGCAGGCGCUGCGGCUGCGGCGGGCGCUGCGGCUGCGGCAGGCGCUGCGGCGCCGGCAGGUGCUGGGGCGGCGGCAGGCACCGGGGUCGCGGCAGGCGCCGCGACGGCAGCAGGUGCUGGGGCGGCGGCAGGCACCGGGGUCGCGGCAGGCGCCGCGACGGCAGCAGGUGCUGGGGCGGCGGCAGGCGCCGCGACGGCAGCAGGUGCCGCCGCGGUGGCGGGCGCCGCGUCCGCGGUGCCCGCGCAUGCGGCCACGCGCUGGCCGGUCGCUUGGCGCACGCGCGCCCUGCGGUAUCACCAGGCGACGGCGGGCGGCAUCACGAGCGCGUGCCACGACGCACCAGCGGCUGCCGAGGAGGCCCCGCAAGCAGCACCAGAGCGCACGCCCGGGCGACGUCGCCCAUCCGCCUCAUGCCCGCGCGACGCCACAGCAGGCGCGCCCGGCCAGGCCACGCCCGCCCAUACACCGGCGACGGUGAUGGCAGCUGCGGUGGCAGCGGCAGGAGCGGCAGAGGAGGGGGCGGCGGGCCCGCCCGAGGGCUCGGCGUCGGCAUUGCCGUCCGAGCCCGCGGCCGAGGCGCCCAGCCGCGACCUAGAGUACUACCGUCUGAAGCUGCUGCCCUUCAGCGCCGCUGAGCUGGCGGCCCUCACUGCCGAGUGGCUGCAGCCGGAAGUCUGCCAGUCGACGCGCGAGAGCACGACCCGCGGCGGCACCACCCGCGUCAUAUCUUGCAGGAAGCUGUGCCCGCCCAGGGCGCGGCGCCACCACCCGCGGCUGUGGCCGCGCCUGGAGGCGCUGCAGACUGCGGUAGCGGCUGCGGCUGCGGGCGCAGGCUCCAGUGAGGCCGAGAACGUAGCGGACGCCGCCCCCGGCGGGGCCUGUACCGCGGGGGGCGCCGCAGCGGAGCUGCUGUGGCUGUUGCGCUGCCUGCGGCGGCAGGCGCAGCACGCGGCCGAGCGGCUGCCGUCUUUCUUGGUGGACGGCGGCCGCGACGGCGGCAGCACCGACUGCGGUGCCCCAGGUGGUGGUAUGGACGAUGGUGAUGUCGAAGAGUUGCCGCCCCUCGAGGAGCGCAAGCCCGAGUUUUUCGUCGACGCGGCGCUCGAGGCGCAUGGCUGCGCCAUCGUCUGCUGCGUGGAGCCCCGCGGUGUUGGGCCCGCGCUGGCGUCGCUGCCGAAGCGCGAGCGGCUGUGA